UAGCAGGUAUGAAACAGGAGGAGUAGUGGUUGAAAGCUCCUGGGAAGGAAGCAAUGUGGCCAUGAGAGAGAAAAAGACGAAAAAUGGUCAAAUCAAAAGUCAAUCUUGAAACUUGGAGUUUGCUUUUGAAUGAUGUUCAUGUAAAAUUGCCGUUAAAUUAUUUUACCUGGUUUUUGAUUUGAUACAAUUGUAACUAUUUCAUACUUGGGUGCCUGCACAACGUUAUUAUACUAAGUACUGUCCAAAGUUUUUUUGAAAUUCAUCGAUAGUCUACCGAGAAACGUUUUAUAACCUCAAAAACCCGUACCACAAUGUUUAAUUCUACAAGAAUAUCAGAUGUCGGGCCUCUGCCUAAAUUGGAUAAUCACAAUUCCCUUGAAGAAACUACGAAAUCUCCGGACCAGAGCUUUUUGCGACCGCAAAUAACAUCGACGCCUCUGAGGCGGGAAAGUAUUUUUGCUACUCCUCCCAAACCUCGAAUUUUCAACCCACACAGGUAUUCUUUAUCGGAAGUUGCCACUCCACCCAGGACCAACAGAAGAGAUUUUUCUCGAACGAAUACGUCCCAGAACGGUACCGGACCUCUAUUAGCUUCAACAAAUUUCAAUGUUAGCUUGAGCACAUAUGAAGAUGCAAAAACUCCCGGACUUGCUGGUCGUAUUGUACAGUAUGAAGAAGAAGCUGCACAGGAGAAGGACUUGCGAAGGCGCCCAACUCAUCAGGCUAAAUAUGGCACAGUUGGGUUAUUUCCAAUCGUUCAUCUUUUCAAAAAGAAAUUACCCCAGUUACGGGAUAAACCAAAACAUGUUACCAUUAGGAUAUCAUCUCCAGAUUAUGCCAGACAACGGACCCAAGAAUAUGCCAAGAAAGUACUGGACGGCACUGCCAAGCCAUUCGGUGGUGGCUCCGGAUUCUCCCGCUCACCGAAACCGGAAACGACCGCGGCGAGGAGCAUCCUUGACGCUCUCAAAGAAAUAUCCAGGAAACGAAUGCACGCUAGCGAAGAACUCGAGCAGAACGAAGAUACCUUCAAACGCCCGAGGACGGACGACUCCGAAAUGUUGGAAGAGAACAACAAGAGGCAGAGGGAAGAAUCUCCUCCAUCGGAAUCUUGUUCCAGUUCUGUUGUACAAUCCUCUAAAAAGGCGUGCAUGUACGACGAAUACGCGGCCUCUUGCUCGUCUUCAAACUUUCCGUUCAAAAAGUCAGAGCCGGCUACGCCGAAAAAAAGAUCUGUCAGCAUCAGCACCGCCACCGAGGAGCCAAAAAGGCCGAACCAAUCGAAACUGAUUAACGCUGAAACGCAAACGGCCACUGAACCAACACCAGAAAAAUCGACCGAGGACAGAGGUUCGAACAGAGACGAAACUGAAGCGGAGAUCGCAGUCAAACCAUUCGAGGAAGAGGCACUGGAAUUGGUUCGGACGAGUAGAAUGUCGACUCUUCUUGGUAAUCUCGUCGACAAGAAGGCUUCACUAGUAAUGAAACUGGCCGAGCCCGUCGUCGAGAAAAAAUCGACAGAGAAACUUUUGGUGUCGAUUCUGUCCUCGGCAAACAAAUCACCCAAUAAGUCCGACAGGCAUGUUCACUUCAGUGUCCCGGAGAGCACCCACCAGUCAACUGGUACUGUCUCGAGUCUGACUAGCGCUAGUACCGCCUCCUCGACUUCUAUAAACAUGGCUGCCACCAAAUCGGAAACGCCGGCCCCACCUUCUUCACCCGUCAGUUCGGCUCCAGCGUGUACAUCUGUUCCCAGCUUCUCUUUCGGGUCUAUCACACACACCAAUACCAGCAGCACCAUCUUAAGUUCUAAGGAAUCUUCUGUCUCCGUGACUACGAGUGUGGCCCCUUCUACUUUCACCUUUAGUAGUAACGCUUCUACGAUGCCUAGCCCCCCGACUGUCUCCACGAGUCCUCCAAAAGUUGGCGGUUUCAAAUUCGACUUGAGUAAACCAGUCUCGACGGGCCUUACCUCCACCAGUACCCUCCAGGCUGUAACCACCGCCUCUUUCUCGUUUCCCUCUUCUCAAAAACCUAAAGCAGCCGAGACACCUCUCUUCGGUAACGCAACCACCACAACCCCGGCUUCUUCAGCCGUUACAGGUACUAGUUUCUCUGACAUACCGAAACCCACCAUCCCUACGACUACCAACGCUUCUGCGCAGCCGGCAACAACUUCUUCUAUGAUCAGCGCUCCGACGCCCACAGUAUCUGCUGCACCUUCUUUCAACUUUGGCGCAUCCAAACCCAACGAUGGCGCAAUGAAUAAAACUUCGCUUUUUGGGUCGCCUCUUUCCACACCUGCGACGGUCCCUUCCAAAGUUCCCACUUUCUCAUUCACAGGUACAAUCCCAGUAACGAACACCUCUGGAACUUCUUUUGCUUUCAAUUCACCAAAAACAACCACCAACUCUGUUACUACAACGUCAACUUCAUCCAUAACGGUACCCAGUUUCUCGCUCCCACAAUCUACCAAUCUCAACUUAUCAAAAACCACCUCCGCCCCUCUCGCUUUUGGUGGUAUCACAUCAGCCUUUGGCGGUACAACAUCCACUCCUCCUACUUUCGGCGGUACUACAUCCGCCCCUCCUACUUUCGGCAGCACUUCAAUAAGUACCGCCUCGCCCUUUGCGAACAAUAUGUCUUCAGGUGCGAAAACAACUGAAGCUCCGUUCGGGACCCCCAGUACCACCUCAUUCGGCGUCAGUACCGCGUCCAGUACUACCGCACCGUUUAGCUUCAGCGGAUCAAAGAGCGUCACCGGAACGACCGCUUCGAAGAUAUUCACGACAACUGCCUCUAAUGCUUUCGCCAAUUCAUCGUUUGGUAGUACCACAACGGUCGAGGUACCGGCCUUCGGAAGUACCGCCGCCCCUACGUUUUCGUUCGGGCCUAAAACUUCUACGAAUUCGAGCAACGUUUUUGGUUCUACGAACUCCGCCAGCGGAGGUUUCGGAGCUCCGACAAAUACCACCGUAGGUUUCGGAGUAGCAACAACGACCAGCGGAAGUUUCGAUACUGCGUUUCAAACUGGUACUGCACAAACCAACAUCUUCGGUUCUGCCUCCAUCAAUGCGCCUGCCUUCGGACCGACGAACAAUACCGUAGGAUUCGGAGCCGUUACAAGUACAACGGGAGGAUUCGGUGCCGUUACCACCACUACCGCUGUAGCUCCCUCUUUUGGUAAUGCGAACUCCUUCGGGAGUGGUACGAAUUUUGGGGAGAACAGAGGUACGCAAGUUGGAGCUUUCGUAACGAGUACUACUGCAUCUUUUGGAACCGCCUCUACAACGAUUGCUGGCACCUUCGGAACAAGUACUACUCCAUCUUUUGGAACCGCGUCUACGACGCAAGCUAGCCCCUUCGGAACGAGUACUACUCCAUCCUUUGGAAGCGCAUCUACGACGCAAGCCGGAGGCUUCGGAACGGCAACGGCGCCAACUUUUGGAGGUACAAAUACUUCCUCUGCAGGGUUUGGAGCUUCGACACCCAGUUUUGGUAACACCGGUUCGGCGUUCGGGAAACCUCAGAAUGCGGAAACGAACUUGUUUGGGGGCGUUUCUAGCCCCGGUCCUUCUCAGAACUUGUUCGGCGGCAGUACCAACGCUUUCGCGCAAAAUCAGGUCGCGGGUGGGUUCGGUACUACCAAUAAUGCCGCAAAUCCUCAGCCAUUCAGCUUCGGGUCCUCUUCCACCACUCCGAAACCCGGUGGGGUGUUCUCAUUUGGAGGAGCUGCUUCAAGCGACAAACCGAAGUUCAACUUUAAUUCCUCGACCAGUUCCACAACGCCUUCUUUCGGGAGUGCUACUGGAACCCCGUUUGGUGGCACUGCCGCCCCAGCCUUCGGAAGUUCUGCUACACCUUCAUUUGGUAAUACCACUACACCUGCUUUUGGUAGUAGCGUUACCCCAUCUUUCGGUAGUAACGCCACACCCUCCUUUGGUGGUACUACGACGCCUUCUUUUGGUAGCACCACUACGCCCUCUUUUGGUAGCACCACUACGCCCUCUUUUGGUAGCACCACUACGCCCUCUUUUGGUAGUGUUUCUGCACCUUCCUUUGGUAAUACUACUAUCCCAGCCUUCGGUAGUACUACUUCUCCAGCUUUCGGUAGUACCGUUGCUCCUACUUUUGGUAGUACCGUCACUCCUACUUUUGGUGGUACCGUCACUCCAACUUUUGGUGGUUCUGCUACAACAGCUUUUGGGGCGACACAACCCGCCGUGCCAGGUACUUUCAGUAUCGGGAGCGGGUCAUCGACCACGGGGAGGCCCCGGACACAGAUCAAAGCAAAGAGAAGAACUUGAUUGUCGAAGUUGAUGCCAUGAACAUAAUUUGUGUAUGGUUCAGGGAGAGUCUGACGGUAUUUCAAUUGUGGAAUUUUAUUUUAUUGGGUGAAGUGUCACGAAUACUUCUCGGAAAAUAUUUUUGUUCUGAAUGUGAAAAAUUUUAAUUUUUGCGAGAUGAAGAGUCAACUACUAUUGUAAUUUUCAGAAGGGAAAUUCCUGAUCCGUUUUGUAUAAUUUUGUAAUCAACAUUGGCAGUCCUUGUAAUAAAGAUACAUUCUUGUACUUCUGAAUUUGUCUCUUCUUUCUUGCGAAAGCUGAUUCAGCGUUAACCCAAUGAAGACUGUUUCAGCGUUAACCCAAUGAAGACUGUUUCAGCGUUAACCCAAUGAAGACUUUCAGGAGAAACGAUCAGCCAUGAAGGAGAAAGGCGGGAACUAUCACAUUUUUCUGUGGGAUUGUAGGGCUUUAUUAUCACCUGUUUUAUUUAGGUAGCCAAAUUAUAAUUAUCUACUUUCUCCAUCUUUUGUAUCAAACCAAGCUGAUUGAUAAUUGAUGUUUACAUGUCGACAAACUCAUUCCAUUGUAGACUUUGUCAAAUAAAAAAUUUGAAAUA